AUGUUGGCUCGAUCCGCACUGCGUACGGCGCGCACAGCCGGCGCUGCAGCCCGCAAUGCUGCCAGCAAAACAGCUUCGCGCUCCGCCUCCACCUCCACCGCCGAGGGAGCUGCCUCUUCCUGGAAGAACAACGCCCUCCCCGCUGGCGCCACCAUCUUCUCGAUCGGUUCCGUCGCAUGGUAUCUCCACCUCUAUGGAGGCAACGCUGAUGCCAUGACACCUGCUGAGGAAGGUCUUCACCCCACUGCCUACCCUUGGGAGCACACCAAAUGGAACAAGACCUUUGACCACGGGGCUCUCCGCCGUGGUUUCCAGGUCUACCGUGAGGUCUGCGCGUCCUGCCACUCCCUCACUCGUGUUCCCUACCGAGCGGUCGUCGGUACCAUGAUGACCGUCGAUGAGGCCAAGGCCCUCGCCGAGGAGAACGAAUACGAUACCGAGCCCAACGACCAGGGCGAGAUCGAGCAGCGCCCCGGAAAGCUCUCUGACUACAUUCCCGCUCCCUACAAGAACGACGAGGCCGCCCGCGCUGCCAACAACGGUGCUCUGCCCCCGGAUCUAUCGCUUAUCGUCAAGGCCCGCCACGGCGGUUGCGACUACAUCUUCAACUUGUUGACCGGUUACCCCGAAGAGCCUCCCGCUGGCGCCGUUGUCCAGGAGGGCCUCAACUUCAACCCGUACUUCCCCGGCACCGGUAUCGCCAUGGCACGUGUACUGUACGACGACUUGGUCGAGUACGACGACGGCACACCGGCGUCGUCGUCGCAGAUGGCCAAGGAUGUUGUUGAAUUCCUCAACUGGGCCGCUGAGCCCGAGAUGGAUGACCGCAAGAAGAUGGGCUGGAAGGUUCUGGCUGUCACAAGUGUUCUCUUCACCAUCAGCGUCUGGGUCAAGAGGUACAAGUGGGCACCGCUCAAGACCCGCAAGAUCCUCUACAACCCCCCGGCCGGCAAGAAGAGCGUUCUCGACUACGUCCCCAAGCCCAACACCCAGGGCAAGACAAACCAAUAG